AUGGGUCGAGGUAGAGGAAAGGGUAAGAAACUGACUGAUGAUCCAGGAAGUGAUGAGGAAGAAAAGAUCCCUCCACAGAAGAGGAGAGGAAGGCCACUCAAAGAUGACAUUGAUGAAGAAGCAGUGGAGAUGAUUGAAGAGGAUGAUUCUGAGAGUGAAAAGCUUGGAAUUCAAAACUUGGAGAUCAAUGGGAAGAAGAGGAGACGGAAUACUCGGGUCAAAGAAAAGCAUGAUUCAGUAAAAGAGGAAAAUGGUAAUGAUGAAUCCAAUAAUGUUUUCCGUCAUAGGCGGAAAAACAAGCCUCGCCGUGCUGCAGAAGCUGGUGUUAAGUGCAACUGA